AUGGCUCGCUCCUCCCCCGACAAUAGGUGGUUCGUGUACCACAUUUCUGUGGUGGACGCCCUGUCAUCGUGCCACUGCCUGCUGUCUUGCCUCGAAGAGAUCAGAGCCUGGAGCGACCUUAACCCGAUGCACCAUGUCAUCUUCAUGGAUAUCGAGAUGAAGCUGACGGGGGACUUCCUGAGGAUAUGCGGAGAUCACACCCCGGAUCAAGACCGCGUCGCGUUCCGAAGCCUCCAGGACACAAUACUGGAGGCAUUCCCACCGGAACGACUUGUUACCCCGAGCAUGGUCCAGGGAGAUUACAACAGCCUCUUCGAGGCGGUGAACGCGGGGGGCAGCUGCGUCGGCGGGAGGUGCGGUAGCAACGGCGGCAGCAGCGGAGAGGGGGGGGCGAUACCGGGGGUGGCAGGCGGGUGGCCCCUGGUCGACGACACGAGGGGGAUGAUCCUCUUCGUGAUGGACUACCAGACCGUCAACCUGAGAUGCAGGGACGGGGUCCGAAAAGCCCUGCCUGUAGGCGAGACUGUAUUCUUCGAGAGGAUCCCCAAGCGAGAAGUGCGGGAUAACGUCCCCUACGCCGCGUUCACUCAGACGUGCCAGUGCGGGAAGAUCUGGGAGCACGUGACGACGACGUGGGCCAACCGGGGCUUGAUGAUCAGGCAAGACCCAAGGGAGUCGUGGGUUGUGCCUGCAGCAGACGGGCUUACACCGCCCUCCUUAGGAACGGGAAACGAGACCUACCUCGCGGAAACAGCGGCGCAGCUUCUUGUUUCCGACGACGUUACUCGAGGGGUCGCCAAAGGCGUUUGCCGGAGCAGGUGCUCGCCGAUGGUGCCGACAGAGGAGUGCGUCUUGGAGGGUUUCUGUUGA